CCUUGGCUUCGCAGAUUGACUGGAGCCAGACUUACAAUUCAUGUUAUCUGGUGGAUGAGGCCGCGGCAGUUGAGGGUGCGCAAGAAGUGGGCGGGCCCAGGACGCGGCGCGAGAGGCUUCUGUUUGUCUCUGUGGAACUGUGAGGGGAGCGAGACGGGCUGAGGCGGCGGGACCUGGACGGGACAAUGGCGGCGCUCGCGGCCUCCCCUCAGAGUCGGCGGCGGCGCCCCUGCGCGACUCUCCUCUGUUGGGCGACUCCGACAUCGGCGGUGACGGUGGCGGCGGUGGCCGGGCUGCUUCUUGCCCUUCUCCUCCCUAAAGCUACUACGGCCUUGCAGUGUUAUUGCCUCCUUUGUGCGAAAGACAACUAUACAUGCAAUACAGAUGGGCUCUGCAUUACUUCAGUAACACGGAAUGGAGACAAAAUCAUACGCAAUAGCAUGUGCAUAGCGGAACUUGAUCUGAUUCCCAGAGAUAGACCAUUUAUUUGUGCCACCUCAUCAAGUGAAGGAGUUAUUACUAUACCUCAUUGCUGUGAUAAAGAUUUUUGCAAUAAAAUAGAUCUUCCAAUUCCAAUAGCAGGCCCUGAACCAGGAAAAUCUUAUUCUAAUCUAGGACCAGUGGAAUUGGCUGCUGUAAUUGCUGGACCAGUUUGCUUUGUUUGCAUUUCACUCAUGUUGAUUCUAUAUCUCUGCCAUAAUCGCACAGUCAUACACCAUCGUGUUCCAAGUGAAGAAGAUCCUUCAAUGGAUCGGCCUUUCAUAUCUGAGGGGACUACUUUAAAAGAUCUAAUCUAUGAUAUGACUACUUCGGGCUCUGGAUCAGGUUUACCAUUACUUGUUCAAAGAACAAUUGCAAGAACAAUUGUACUACAAGAAAGUAUUGGAAAGGGUCGGUUUGGAGAAGUAUGGCGAGGAAAAUGGAGAGGAGAAGAAGUUGCAGUGAAAAUUUUCUCCUCAAGAGAAGAACGUUCCUGGUUUCGUGAGGCAGAAAUCUAUCAAACUGUUAUGCUACGUCAUGAAAAUAUUCUUGGAUUUAUAGCUGCGGACAACAAAGACAAUGGUACGUGGACACAGUUGUGGCUAGUAUCUGAUUAUCAUGAGCAUGGCUCUCUCUUUGAUUACCUAAACAGGUAUACAGUUACUGUGGAAGGAAUGAUAAAACUAGCUUUGUCUACUGCCAGUGGACUUGCUCAUCUUCACAUGGAAAUAGUUGGCACUCAAGGAAAACCAGCUAUAGCUCAUAGAGACUUAAAAUCAAAAAACAUAUUAGUAAAGAAAAAUGGAACCUGCUGUAUUGCAGACUUAGGUCUGGCAGUAAGACACGAUUCAGCUACAGACACAAUAGAUAUUGCACCAAACCACAGAGUGGGAACAAAAAGGUACAUGGCUCCCGAGGUACUUGAUGAUUCCAUAAACAUGAAACAUUUUGAGUCUUUCAAAAGAGCAGAUAUUUAUGCAAUGGGAUUGGUGUUCUGGGAAAUAGCUCGCCGAUGUUCAGUUGGUGGAAUUCAUGAAGAUUACCAGUUACCCUAUUAUGACCUAGUCCCUUCUGAUCCUUCUGUUGAAGAAAUGAGGAAAGUUGUUUGUGAACAGAAGCUACGACCCAAUAUUCCAAACAGAUGGCAGAGCUGUGAGGCAUUACGAGUAAUGGCCAAAAUUAUGAGAGAAUGUUGGUAUGCCAAUGGUGCAGCGAGGCUAACAGCUUUACGUAUAAAGAAAACACUAUCACAGCUCAGCCAGCAAGAAGGCAUAAAAAUGUAAUCUUGGAAGUGCUAAUGAAGGAAACUUUUAAAAGUCCAUAUCUGCACCUAGACUGUGCAUUGAGAAGGCUAAUUGUUCUACCUCACUGAGGGAACAGAAGGAUAUUGCUGCCUUUUAUACACAAUAGGAAGAUCAGUUAUUAGUCCAGGAUUUCUAUAGAUUGGUAAACAGUUGUACAGAUUCAUAUUCUGCACUAUGAACACCUCUUUUCCAGGGCACUCAGAAACUUUGUGUAGUCUAGCUUCAAUAAUAUGUAUUUCAGUAUUUCAAGGGUUAAUACCGUCUCUGUUACUUGUGUUGAGAACAAGAAGAUCAUGCUUAAAAUAGUGGAGCUGGUGCACACUAUAUAAUGCAUUGAAGGAUUUAUUGAAAGUCUUUUUUUAAAAGCUAUUUGCUUUGCUCAUGAUGGUACACUGUAUGUUCUGAACCACUCUUGGAUUUUUCUCUGAUUUGGACUGUAUAGUUUUUUGGUCAUUCAACUACAUCCUAUUGGACAAUUUUUAUCAGAAGUUGCAGACAUGACCUCGUUCAAUCUGGAGGAACACUUACAACAUAUGCAAUUUUUUUUCUUUCUCUUGCUUUGGAACAUUACAUGCCUUCAAAAUAGAUUGUACUGUACCAGUAAGUGCCACUUUGAAUCUUCUUAAUGCAGUUCAGUAGGGACAUGCAAAGUCUUUGGUGCUUGUAGAAUGACAUCAAAUGAAAUGGGUCUUAGUUAAAAGGAGCGUUCAUAUUCAUAAACCUCCUUUUGUUUUCUUUACCAAAAAUUCUAAAUUCUAGAGACUGUAGAAUAUAAAUUCAGUCCUGUUGUGCAUCACAGUGAGUUGUGGUGUCAAAAAUGGCACUUAACUUUUAAUGAAGUUGGGCUUUUAUAAAGAGUACUUAACUUUUAAAAUCUGAUAUGACUAACCUGUUUAAAAUUUUUAACUCUCCGAUGCCCCCUAUAGAAAACCGUUAUUUAUGCACAAACUAUGUUUUACUGACAGAUGAGCUAUCUCCUUGCUCCCCCAGUGGUGAUCUGCUUGUGAAAACAAUGCAUGUAGAUAGCCUAACUGGAUGCAGUCCAUAAGUACAAAGCUAUGGAGUUUUCUUUGCAUCUGGGGCUGCCCUGUGGCGAUUUUGCUGGAUUACAUCCGUACAAAAAUCCUUGUAACAGGUUAUUGACACUGUCGGCUCCAGCAGUACCAAUUGUUAUAUGUCUGGGAGGUAAGGGACUGAAUCUAGGGGGGCCCCCCCAUCCUCUGGCAGCUGGUGCUUUUGGAGUUGGCUGUUAACACUAGCUGGUAGCAAGAGCCUCACACGCAGCAGCAUUUGCACAACCCAUGGCUCUCCUUGAAUGUAUCUGAUUUGAGUCCUCACAUAGCAACUGGAAGUUUCUAUCUAAGUCAUUUAUUUCAUUUUCUUAGCAUAUCUGGCACAUAAAGUUAACUAUCAAAUGGCUGCCGACUAAUGGGUUUAGUUCCUACAAAACACUAACAAAAAUACACCUUGCAAUACAAAGACCUUUUAACUGUUCUGAAUGCAAGCACAAGGUAUUCUA